GCAACGGCAGCCAUAUUAUUUGUUGUGGUUUCCCAUCUUACCAUGAUUUUACACACGGAUGUUGGAUUUACUCUUAUAACAAGUUCCGGCUAAGGAGCGCACAUCAUAAAGCGAGAAGCUUGAUAAUGAACAAAAAUGGUACAAAAUUAUAUAAACCGGGACAGUUGAAUGGCUACACCUACUGCAUUCGACAAAUCUUCGAAGAGAACACCCUCGGAUACACUCACGGCAGCGGGAACGUCACCAAGCUCAACAACAAGUGUCACAACUUCUCCAGUGAAGACCAGAAUGGCCACCUGACGGGGCCCACGCACCCAGCCCGGCUGUACGCCCACCCGAGCGAGGCACCCAGCAGCGGCCGCAGGGAGCACCGGCGCCUGCGCAAAGAGAAAGCGGCCCUCGCGCUGCCCUCGGAGGGCAAGCUCAAGUUUGCCGACCGCCUGCGGGCUUUGCUGAAGCGCGAGAGCCACCUGAGUGGACAGUUGCCGGGGGGACUGCCCCAGGACCCUUAUGCCUUUUCGGAGGCCCCCGCCGCACCCCCCGCGGGGAGUGCCGUUCCCAAGGCGAGCCCCGUCGCGGCGGCCCCCCCUCCUCCCGAGCCCCACCGGGCGCUGGAGAAUGGCGCCGCAGGCUCCGAGUUUUUCCCGAACCACCGGCCGCACCCACAGCUCCAGGCCCAGCUUCAGCAGCCGCAGCAGCAUGUUCAGCAGCAUGUUCAGCAGCAGGUCCAUUUGCACGUCCAGCAGCACGGGCAGCAGUCUGCCUCGGUCAAGACGUUUGGCUCGGUUGAACAAAAGCCCAAGACUGCCCCCGUCGCUGCAAUCAACAGCGGUGCAUCGAUUAGUGGUGGCGGCGUGGCCGGUGCCCCAAAGUUGUCUAAGACAAUGAACCGGCUGCAGGCGAAGAUAGCGCAGAACAAGCUGCUGGACAAGCUGAAGAAGGCCCAGCAGGAUUCCUGUUGCUCUUCUAGUCAUAACCACCAGCAGCAGCAGCGGGUGGCGGCAGCCUCCUCCUCGUUUGUGCGGGACGUGGGACUGUGCGCGGUCAAACAGGAAGCUUCCACAGUUAGGGUGGCUGCGGCCAGGGAGCGCGUGCCGCGACCAAGGGUCAAGGGGUCGUCGACCUCCGCGACCGUCCUGGCGGCGACUCCGGCGGUGGCUGUGCCCCCCCUGGCGCUUGGCCCCUCGGCGGCGCUGCGCAAUUUGCGGCAGGUGUGGGCGCUGGAAAAAGCUGGUCUCGAGGCAGAGGACGGAGCGGCGGCUGGAGGACCUCACGGGGCGCUCGAUUUGGACAGCUCGGAUAGCGAACCAAGCGAUGACGACGAAAAUGUGUGGCAGAGGCCGCCUUCAUUUUGGAAUUGUGAUCUCGACUGCAGUGAUGCGUCGACGGUGAAGAGCGUGCGCUACCUGCGCAUCCACCGGCUGCGCACGGAGCUGCGCAAGCGCUACGAGCUGCUCUGCAAGCGGCAGGCGGCGGCCCGCCCCGCCCUGGAGCGGCAGGAGGUGCUAGUGCACCACCUGGCGCAGGCUGCGCGCCUCAGCCCCCGCCGGGCCGCGCAGGUGCUGCUCGAGGGGCCCCCUUCCUCCUCCUGCCAGGCCCAGCCCAGGGGGGGAAAGGCCGCCAGCCUGGACAAGCCCACCUGCUGCUACCAGCACGAGGGCGGGGUGUGCGCUCAGCCUGCUCUUCCGUACACAAGGCACUGUACAAAGCACAUAAUGUACAAUGUAGAUCAGCUCCUGUUUGAGCAUUGCACUGCCAAGUUUGCUGACAAUACGCAGUGCUGCGUUCCCGUGUUCGACAUGUGCCACGAGCUGCCCCUGUGUCCCGAACAUGCGAAGAAGAGGGACAACUACAACAAGAUGGCAUCCGAGCCCAAGCCCAAGAAGCCGAGGAAGAAGUCCAAGCCUCCCGCCCUGACGCGGCCUCCCAAGCGGGGCAAGAAGAAGAGCAAGCAGCGUAGCCCCGGGUACUCCCCCUGUCUGGGCCCCUCCCUGUGCCUGCAGCAGCCCUCCUCCCCGGCCUCCUCCUCCUCGUCCUGCUCCUGCUCCUCCCGGUCGCCCCCUUUCCUGGGAUCGUGCGAGGCCGCCCCCAUCCCCUCGUCCGUGGCAGACGUCGAGCCCCUGCUCCUCUCGGACCUGCUGCCACAGCCGCACGAGCGGCUGCACCUGCAGCAGCACGAGCGGCUUCAUGUGCAGCAGUCGCAGCCAAAGCCGCAGCUCCACCUCGUGCAGCAGCCGCACCUCCAGCUGCAGCCGCGGGCGGCGGGCCUGGGGCUCGUCGUCCGGGUCAAGACGAAGCCAAAGCCGGUGGCGACUGCAGCGGUGACGACGACGACGACCACCACCACAUUGACGACGCAGGUGCAUGUGGCGCCCCAUUCCUUGACGUCCCAUCUUCCAGUGGCUGCUCCUCUAGUGGCGUCUACUCCCGCGGCGGUGGCGGUGGUGGCGACGGGAGCGACGUCUCUGAGUGGCACAAGCUUGGGAGCGUCGCCCGGCGUGGAAAACUAUGGCUACGUGGCCCCGACAUCCGCCGGGAUGAACCCGGAAGUGGUGGCGAAGGAGCUCGUGGAACGCAUUGAGCCUGACCUGACCAGCGACCUCGAGAACCAGUUCUCCCCGG